CUUGUUACGGUUUCUUGCAGCUUCUUUUGCCUGAUCAACCUCCCUGCAGCCAUGGCGAAGUACGCAAGAGGCACUGUGAAGGAUUUCCCAAACUUUGAUGCGAAAGCAGAUGCGGAGACCCUUCGUAAGGCCAUGAAAGGCUUGGGGACUGAUGAAGAGCCCAUUCUGAAGAUCUUAACAAGCAGAAGCAAUGCUCAGCGUCAGGAAGUUGCAGUUGCUUUUAAAACCUUAUAUGGCAGGGAUCUGGUUGAUGACCUGAAAUCAGAACUGACAGGCAAAGUUGAGACUCUGAUGGUCAGUUUGAUGAGGCCAGCACGGCUUUAUGAUGCUCACGCGCUGAAGCAUGCUAUUAAGGGGGCAGGAACCAAUGAAAAAGUCCUUAAUGAAAUUCUUGCAUCCAGAACACCUGCAGAAAUCAAGAUGAUAAAGGACGUUUAUCAGGAAGAAUAUGAAGCUAACUUAGAAGACCAUAUAACAUCAGAUACAUCUGGUUUUUACCAAAGGAUGUUGGUAGUUCUUCUUCAGGCUGGUAGAGAUCCUGAUGGCCCAAUUAAUGAGAGUUUAGUUGAGCAGGAUGCUCAGGAGCUGUUUAGAGCUGGUGAGCUGAAAUGGGGAACUGAUGAAGAAAAGUUCAUCACCAUCCUGGGAACACGAAGUAUUUCUCAUUUAAGGAAGGUCUUUGAUAAAUACAUGACCAUUGCUGGCUUUCACAUCGAAGAAACUAUUGAUCGUGAAACUUCUGGGGAGCUAGAGAAGCUGCUUCUGGCAGUUGUGAAGUGUGUCCGAAGCGUUCCUGCAUAUUUUGCUGAAUCGCUGUUUUAUGCAAUGAAAGGAGCAGGUACUGACGAUGACACCCUGAUCAGAAUCAUAGUUACAAGAAGUGAAAUUGAUCUACUGGACAUCAGGCAGGCUUUCAGAAGAGAUUUUGCAAAAUCUUUGUACCAUGCAAUUCAGAAAGAUACAUCUGGAGACUACAAGAAAGGCCUUUUACUGCUCUGUGGUGGUGAAGAUGACUAAGGACAGUGGACAGAAGGAUAGCAUCUUAUUUCCUGCCUUUUGGCACUUUCCCUUUCUACAACUAAACUGUAUACUUGCAUUUUCAGUUGUAGCUCCCUUUGCAUUCCAGUUACUAUCCUUAUUGCCAGAUUCAAUGUAUAUUAAUGUUAGCAAAGUGACCACCGCCUCAUGCUGAACCUCCCCCCCAUCCCAAGACUGCCAUUUUAACUCACAGUACUGCCUCCCUCCCAUUUGCUUCAAUUACAGAAGUCUAGAUUUUACAUUUUAUUAAGAAGUUCAUAUGAAUAUCCUUAACCUCAGGGGUGGUCAAACUGGCUCGAGAGCCACGUGUGACUCUUUCACACAUAUUGUGUGGCUCUCGAAGCCCUCAUUGCCCUGUCAGUUAGCUUGGAGAAGUUAUUUGUCUCUUUAAAUUGCGUCUCCAAGCCAGCAGGUGAACCUCACGAUUCAAGCCAAUCUGCAACAUUUUUAGCCACACAACCUGGUGGCUUGGAGAGUACAUUUAAAAUUAAAAUCCCUUCCUUUCCACCUCUCCCCAUCUAUUUGUCUUUCUUCCUGUCUUGUGACUCUCAAACAUCUGACAUUCAUGUCUUGGGGCUCUCAGACAUCUGAUGUUUAUUCUAUGUGGCUCUUAUGUUAAGCAAGUUUGGCCACCCCUGCUUAAUCUGGGAGUUCAUAUGAAUAUCCUUAUCAAAAAGACAUUUUUAAAAGUGCCUAAUAAAUGUACCCUUUUUUGUAUAACUUAAAACCAUAAACAUGUUUUUUUUCAUGUUCACAGAGGUAAAACACAUUCCAUUAACCAAAUCCAAGCACUUAGUAAUUUGAGCUGUAGUUUCAGUCUUUAUUUAUAGCUUCUACUGAUGGCCUUACAGAUGUGAACUAUGCAUGACCUGUCUCAAUGUAUUGUAUUUGGUGCUGUUAAAAGAACUAAAGCAGUAACUGAGUUGUCAUUUAAAAUGUAAAGGACCAAUAAAAUAAUGUGCAUUGUAAAAA